UCCAUCGCCGAGCGGACUGGCCCGCUGCUCUCAUCCGAGACCUCAGCGCAGACUGUUGGAUCUAUUAAAGCACCAUCGCCGGCUCCCUGAAAGCCUCCAGCUCGUGUCCAAAUGCAGGCGAUCAAAUGCGUGGUGGUCGGCGACGGGGCUGUGGGUAAGACCUGUCUGCUGAUUAGCUACACCACCAAUGCCUUCCCUGGUGAAUACAUCCCCACUGUCUUUGACAACUACUCUGCCAAUGUGAUGGUGGAUGGGAAACCAGUGAAUCUGGGCCUUUGGGAUACAGCAGGACAGGAGGACUACGAUAGGCUCAGACCACUGUCUUACCCACAGACGGAUGUGUUCUUGAUAUGCUUCUCCCUGGUCAGUCCGGCCUCCUUUGAGAACGUCCGAGCUAAGUGGUACCCUGAGGUGAGACACCAUUGCCCCAACACACCCAUCAUCCUGGUGGGCACUAAGCUGGAUUUGCGAGAUGACAAGGACACCAUUGAGAGGCUGCGAGACAAGAAGCUCUCCCCCAUCACCUACCCGCAGGGCCUGGCCAUGGCGAGAGAGAUUGGGGCUGUGAAGUACCUGGAGUGCUCCGCGCUCACCCAGCGAGGCCUGAAGACGGUAUUCGACGAGGCCAUCCGAGCCGUGCUCUGCCCUCCGCCAGUGAAGAAGAGGGGGAAAAGGUGCACCAUGUUCUGAGGAGGAAACACUGCUAUAACACUACACUGCAUCACCAUGAACAACAACCACUACUUCUCUGAGAGGAUGGGAGAAAACUAGUGAGAGUGAGUGUGCACUGCUGAGAUUGCUUUCUUUAUAUUGAUGUUUUUUCAAAGCGAUAUUGGUAACAAGGCCAAUAUUUACUCUGAUUUUUUUUACCAUUACUGAAUAGUUCAUAGGUUCUGAAAGACAUUGACUGUCCACCUACUUUGUACUCAUAGAACCACAUCAAGUUGCCAUGAGGGCUGACAAAGGUUUCUAUUACUCGUCUUCAUACUGUAACAUCUCUUCUUUCUCAGCCAUGCUUGCUUGAAUUAAUGCAGUGUUGACUAGAUAGGAAGUGAACUAUGAAUACGCCUUCAGGUCGGAAGUUACCCUUAGCUUCUGAUCUAAGAUCAGCAUUUCAAAACAAAAUACUACUGCCUGCAUUUAUAGAAUUUCACAUACUGAGUGUAAAAUAGAGAUAGUGUGGUUCCUCCACAAGAAAAGAGAACAAUAUGUUGAAGGGGAAUUCUGAUUAUUACAACAAAGCCUCAGGUUGUUGUCGUAGCCAUUGUUUCUGUUGGCUUUGUUAGCAUUGUGCUUACCAAAUCAAAUUGCUGAGACACCCCCCCCCACCCCCCCACCCCCCCAAAAAAGGGCCUUAAGGUGGCUUCAUUACCUGAUUUCGACGCUUUGUCUUUGUCAACAUCUAGGGUCAAGACCUUCAUUAUGUUCCAUAUUAAAUCAAAUUACCACACAGAAACUCUGGCACCAGGUAGUGUUAUAGGCUAGAGCAGGCUCAGUGGGGCCCAGCCUGUUAGACUAUUAGCCUAGCAGGUGAAGCUGCCCAUGGUCAACUGGAACAACUGUGUGACUGCUCAUGUUUCUUGCCCUAUUGGACAUUUCAGCAAAUAGUUUUGAUGAGUACAAAGUUGUUAGAAUUUUAGAAAUGAGGGAUAUAACUGAAAAUAUCUACGACUGAAAGGAUUAAAUGGACGAGACCUAUAAUAUUGAAACAGCAACCCAAAGUUAGAGCAGAAACUUUUAACCGCAGUGACUUUAAACUAAUCACACAUAUUUGCUUUUCUCUUUGAGCCUUGCACACAUUUGUAAAGGCUCAUUCUUAACCAUUUGAAUACUACUGUCAUCAUAAGGUCAUCAGUUUACUCAGGUGAAGACUGAGAGAUGAGGCUGAAAAAUGAUAUUUACAAGUUUAAGAAUUAAUAUUCAAGCUCAAAUGUUAAAAGUAGUUUAAUAAAACAAUCUUAACUCAAGAUCCACUUACAAUCUUUUUCAUGAGUUUUUUUAUCGCAUCCCAUGGUCUUCAUCAACAAAGACUGUGAGACAUUGAGGACUUAUCUAGGUUGGUCACUCGGCCGUCUUUGCUAAUGAAGCCCAUGAGUUGUGGUUAAAAGCUGGGUGGAAAAGGUGUAUCCAGUCUUUUUUUUUAACACCUGUGUUCUUACUUUCAACAGAAAUCUGAUCUUAGUCAAGUGUCUUUGGGUAACUUUAUCUAACUGUGAACACGUGACAGACGAGCAUGCCAAACAUGGGGGCUGUACAACCUUGCUGCCUGAGUUCUGCCUCUGGGGGUGGAGGAGCUUGCAUGGGUCUUAAAAUAUUCUGUCUUAAUUUAUCCCAUUGUUUAGAUCUUGUCUCUGUUCCUCUGUGUGUGUGUUUGUGUGUGCGUGUGUGCGUGUGCGUGUGUGCGUGUGUGUUUGAGUGAGUGUUUGUCACAGGCGUGUAUAUGAACGCUGGUGUUUGUGUGUUUGAACAAGCACGUGUCGGUAUCAGUGAGACGGUGUUGUUUGACAGUUUGGGAUAGUGCAUAAAAGACAGUAUUGUUUUAAGCCAAGUUUUUAGUGUCCAGUUUUUGGUACUAUUUCAUAUUGUAUUGUAGAAAUACACAAGACUUUUCAACACUCUGUGGACAUAAAGAAAGAAAAAAUGGGUAUCAAUGACAUCUAGUGAUGUACAGAAUAAUCCUUAGAAAAGGAAUGCGUUAUGAAUAUCUAUCUACAUGUACCUGAAUAUUUAGCUCUUAAAACUAAAACAAUUCAAACUAAAGGGAUUAUAGUUGCUCAUGUCGAAGUUAGAAGUGUUGCUAACAGUGUACAAUAAAGGGGCUAAUCUUUGUGGAGUUUGUCACGGUGGCAAACGGCGCAGAUUGCACCUUUAUGACAUGCAUUUCUGUAUGGUUGCAGGCCUGCAAGUGUGUUUGUCUCCCCCGUGUGGCGAGACACAGCACUGCAGUCCACUCUGUCACGCUGUCUUUGGUUGGCAUAGCAAACUGUGUGGUUGAAACAUGUCAUGUGGUCCUGCCUAGCUAAGGUGUUGAAAUGUAGCUGAGAAAUACAGCAAAAAAUUCUACUCUACUAUUGCAUGGAAGUUCUCUGGUUAUUUGCCCCACUGUAAUUCUUAGGAGAGGUUGUAUGAUGAAAUGCAUUGGCAAUGUACGUAUGUAAUGUAAGAUGACUUGUAUACUUGUUUUAACUGUUUGUCUUAUUUUUUAUUACUUCACGUUUGUG